CGAAUGUUUUUAUAACUCACAUAGUAGUAAUAGUACAUACUUGGUGAACAUUAGUACAAUAUUUGAGGCUAUAAAAUGGAUAAUGAUGGCAACAUAGAAGCGCUGUUUGAUGAUGACGGUGACGAUGAACUACUGGCUGAGUUACUUGAGGAAAACGAGCAGGAAACUGCCAAAGAAAGCAAACCUGCUGCUGCACGAGAUGAUGAUUUGGAGCUUUUAAACAACUUCUUCGAAGAUGAAGAAGAAGAUGAAACACCUGUCAAUAAAGAUGAUUUAAACAAAAUGGAGGAUGAAUACAAAGAGUUGGAAAGAAAAAUGAAACUAUUGAAACAGAAAAUGAACACAAGUGCAGAUGAAAAAUGUGAGACUGUCCCUGUUAAUACCAAAGAACCACCGCAGGAGAAAUUGCCACAAACUGAACAAAAACGCAGUUUCUUUGAUGCUUUCGGUGGAGGAAUAUCUGAUGAAAGUUUUGUGCAGGCAGAGAACGGUGUAGUCCCCAAAGAGAAAUCAAAACCAGAAAAAAAUACAAACAGCGAGCCUGAGCCAUCUCAAAAAAGGAGAAGAGUUUGUCACGAUCCUACUUCUCAAGUUAAAAGUCCAACAUCCAGCAGCAAAACAUCUUUAUCUUCAUUUUAUCAAAAUUCGAAACAAACUCCAAAGCAAAAGCCAGCGCCUUCACAACCCAAACCUUUUAAAGGACAACAGUUUUUUGAAAUCGAGCAUUUUUCAAAGAUAAGAUUAAAAGAGAGGUUUGUGUCCCAAGAUGAGAUGAAGGAGAGGAUGAAAUCGAAGCUCUUCGUGAAGAUCGGGGUCAUCCGACCAACACAGAAGUUAUGCGAGGAAAAGGACUGGGUCACUGUUGCUGUUGUUGCCAAGCAGCUUGAUCCACAGACAGCAAAAAAUGGUAAACAAUUCAGUAUCUGGCAUCUCACUGAUCUCGAUGACUGUAACAAACAUGUUGCUCUCUUCCUCUUCGGGAUCGUACAUGAGGAGCUGUGGAAGAAGAUCACGGUGGGAUCAGUCAUUGGGAUCCUCAAUCCUUCUAUCAUGCCUCCCAGGAAAGAUAAUGUUCAAAGUCAAAAUAAAAGUUAUGACAACACCCCAGCGCUCACAGUCGAUGUUUCCGAACGUAUUAUGAGGAUUGGGAUCUCUGCUGACCUCGGGUGGUGCAUGGCGACAAAAUUUCGAAAUAAGAAACCAGCGGGAAAAUGUCUUGCGUUCAUCAACAAGAAUAUUGGUGAAACAUGCAUUUUCCACAUGCAAAGUAAGUACAAGAAAAUGGGCGCCAAACGUGGGGAGUUGCAGGGUUCAGUGGGUGCCCCGAUAGCAGACAAAUACAAGAAAACUAUGUGGAAUAAAGUUAAAGGGGACCAAUUUUUUUAUGGAGGACAAACGUACAGUGCGGCUCCACCAUCAACUAAUCAUACAAUUCAAAGGAAAGAAAGCAAAAUGACGUUAACGAAGAUGUUUGGAAAAGUUUCGAAUGAAAAUCAGAAAGAGGCAAUUGAAAAGUCAAAAAUCAUGCAAGCUAUUAGUGGGAUAAAAGAAGAACAAGCUAUAUCUGGUUGUUCAAAUACAUUUGAAGCCAUGCUCACAUCAGGGGAUAAUAUUGCUGGAUCUCGUCAGUUUCUAAACCAUCUUCAGCGGAAACAGAAGGAAAAAAUUGAGAAAGACGUUGAGAAACCAAAACCACCAUCUUCUGCUGCUGCGUUUCUACGGCAGCAAAAGAAUGAGAUUCAGGAAAAGAAAAAGGCAAAUGUGAACCAGGUAAAACCAAAUUCAAGUUUGGCAGUUGGCGAAAAACAGCCAACAAAGCAAUAUGUCACUGCCGCUCAAAUAAAAAAAUGCACGGAGGAACUUAUUAAAGCUAAGAGACAAGCGGCUUUACACAGGAAACAAGCAAAACUUAACAGCCAAGGGGAAGUAGUAAAACCUCUAUCCGUUGCUUUUUCUGCCCAAACACAAGCACUUGUGGGUAGCAGUGCGCCCAAACUUGGAGGUGGUUUGAAUAAACAAGUGGAGUUAAGUGAAGGUUGGUCAUCACCACAAACUUUUUCAACUAAAUCUCCCACACUGGCUGAACUAAGAAAGAGAAAAGCGAUCGCCAAACUUAAAUCUGAGAAUGGAACUGUGUCCAUACCUCCCAGCACGCCAAACAAAAUUUCUCCAAAACGGGUUAAAAAUGAUGAGAAGAAGCUGGAAAAGUUGAAGGAAAAAGUGAAACGAAAUCGUGAGGAAAAGAGUGAGAAAAAAAAGCUCACAGGAAAUGGGAAAGAAAAUUUGACUUCUGGUAGUGAAAAAAACAGCUCUUUAAUGGAAGUUAUGGGAAAUGGUGAAAUGUGCAAAGAAGAUUUCGACAAAAUUUUGAAAGCCAGAUCAUCUCAUACCACUGAGUUGGAUAUAGCUGAAAUGGAGAAACAAGAAAAAUAUUUCAACCCGCUGAUUCAAAAGGAAAUGUUGAUGGAAAAGAUGGCGGAAACAUAUGAAGUGGCUAGUAAGAUAGUAACUUGUGAACAAUGUUCAUAUACAUUCUGGGCACCGCAUGAACGUUGUAAAGCACAACAGCAUAGUCUCACUUGGCAAAGCUGCAAGAAAAAGUUCUUUGAAUGCACCAAGUGUAAACAACGCACAACAACAUGGGAACCAUACCCAACUACAUCAUGCAGGGGUUGUGGGAAUCAAAAGACAUGGUCAAGAACCUCAAUGCUGCGGACCAAGAAUGGAGUUAAACUUGAUUCCGAGAUUCUUCUUGUGAGAGGUGUAGAGCAACCCAAAUUCUUUAACUCUGCAGCUUAAUUACUUAUUUGUAUUUUAGUAAAUUUUAAUCGAGUGUCGGGUGAAUAAAGCAAUUUUGUAUA